GUUAUUUACAACCACAACAGCCAUGAAGGAUUCCAAGAUCACCAAGAAGAAAUCAUCCAAGAUCGACGCUACUAAGAAGCUCGCAGAAAAGAUAAAGCAGCAAGCAUUAAAGAACCAACAAUCUACCACCACCACCACCACCACGGCAUCAACAUCAUCUACCACCAUCACCCCCAUCGAAGUCAACCCAGAUGAAGAACUCAAAUUCAAAUCCUUCUCAGAACUCAAGCUCGUUCCUGAACUUCUCGAAUCAAUCCAGUCCAUGAAAUUUACCAAACCAACCCCGAUCCAAUCCGAAGCCAUCCCCCACGCCCUCGAGGGCCACGAUAUCAUUGGUCUUGCCCAAACUGGGUCUGGUAAAACAGCCGCCUUUGCUAUUCCUAUUCUCCAGGCGCUUUGGGAAGCACAACUGCCAUAUUUCGCUUUGGUACUUGCACCCACCCGUGAAUUAGCGUUCCAAAUCAAAGAAACUUUCGAUGCCUUGGGACUGACCAUGGGUUUAAGAUCAGUAUGUAUUGUCGGUGGUAUGGAUAUGAUGGACCAGGCCCGAGACUUGAUGAGAAAACCCCAUGUGAUUGUGGCUACUCCUGGUAGAAUAAUGGACCAUUUGGAAACCACAAAGGGGUUUAAGUUGAAAGACUUGAAGUAUUUGGUUAUGGACGAAGCUGACAGGUUGUUGGAUAUGGAUUUCGGCCCUGCUCUUGACAGAAUUCUUAAGGUUAUCCCCACAAAGAGAACCACAUAUUUGUUUUCGGCUACCAUGACUAAUAAGAUUGAAAAGUUACAACGUGCAAGUUUACAUAAUCCUGUGAGAGUAGCAGUAUCUUCCAAAUACCAAACUGCCGAUAAUUUAGUCCAAAGUAUGAUGUUGGUCCAUGAUGGAUAUAAAAACACCAUUCUUAUACAUUUACUUUCUGAAUACGAAGGGAAAUUAAUAAUUGUGUUUACCAGAACUGUGGCUCAUGCUCAACGUACCGCAUUGCUUUGCCGUAUUCUUGGGUUUAAUGCUGUCCCGUUGCAUGGUCAAUUAUCCCAAGCACAAAGAUUGGGUUCGUUAAACAAGUUCAAGUCCAGACUGGCUAAUAUACUUAUCGCAACUGAUGUUGCUGCUAGAGGGUUGGAUAUCCCUUCUGUCGAUGUUGUCAUUAAUUAUGAUAUCCCUACAGAUUCCAAAGCUUACAUUCAUAGAGUCGGGAGAACCGCUAGAGCAGGAAGAUCAGGGAAAUCGAUAUCGUUGAUUACCCAAUAUGAUUUGGAAAUGUAUCUUAGAAUCGAAAGUGUCUUGGGUAAGAAAUUGCCCAAGGAAGACAUGCCACCAAAGGAAGUGUUGGAUGCCCUACAUCCAAAUGUCGACAGAGCUACUGCUGAAGCAAUUAGACAAACCAAGGAAUUACAUGAAAAGAGAGGUAAGAGACGUAAUAGGGACGAUGCUGAUCGUGAAGAGCGUUAACUGUAUUUAGCUAACUAAUAAAUAACAUUAAAAUACAACAUAAAACCAACCUCAUUUGUGAAGGAAAUGUACGGGACAUUCGCCAAACCCUUUCUUGUUAAACCAAUCUUUAAUACACUUGUAAUGAAAGACACAAAGACAUUCUAAUCGCCCCACUUUAUCCCCCGGUUUUAAUUCUUCCAAACAAAUCACACACUCAUUCUCGAGUUCUUCCUCGACUCGCUUCUCCUCCAGAGUUCCAUCUUUAUCUAUUGCUGAAUCUACCGAUCCAGAGUGGGUGAUUUGUUCAUCAUCAUUAGGAAUAUUCUCAAAUACAGGCUUGGGGAUUGGCGGGAUAUUAUAAACCAACAUUUUAUUUCGAGUAUGACUUUUACUAGGAGACAUCCGGGUAUGGUCACCAUUAAAAUCAAAUGCAACCAAACAAUCAUUCACAUGAUCCAGUUUAAAUUUCUCAAAAUCUUCAUUCGUUAUAUCUUCAAUAUGCUUCUUGUGUUCGUGUAUGUACAACUUGAACAAAUCUUGGGCACAAACAGGACAUAGGUUCUCCUCACUUUCAGUAUCCACAUCAAGAUGUCGACGAUGUUUAUUCUUAUGAAUUAACCUGGUGGUUGUCCGUGAAGUAUGUUUAGUUAAGCUACUAGCGUCGUCGUCAACGUCGUUAGCAGGCGUACCUGCACUCUCGCCUUCUUGAACUUCUUCCCUUCUUACACUUGAUGCAGUACUGGUUGUCUCGGAAUCACCGCCUCCACCUCUAACAUCACCACUUGUUCCAUUAUCAUAAUUGAAAAGCGCCCUUCGGAUCAUUCUAAUUUCAUCCACGCAUAAAUCACAAGUACGAUAAGUCUCUUGGGGAGUAGCAACCGAUCUCACACCCUCACUGUUGACAAUCAUCGUGUUUGGAAAAUACUUCACCACUUGUAAAGAACAUGAUCCACAUACAACUCGCCCACAUUUCCGGCAAUGAUGGCGUCGGUUAAAUAGGUGGUAUGCCGAGGAACAAAGAAAACAAGAAGAUACAUCGUUGUCGUUCUGCCACACUGGGCCUUCUUCAACACUGUUCAUGGGGGGGGAGGAUAUUAUAUAUUUUGUAUGGUGUAGUUAAGUGCUAAUCUGUGGGAAAAAGGGGAAAUGAAACCCCCCGGAAACCUUGCUUUGUCAGAUUUAAACUGAGGCUUAUC